GUCUCUGCAGGAACCCGCGCCUUUAGACCAGAAACGCGGUUCUGAUGAAACAGUUUCAGAUUAUUUCUGCUGUCGGUCGCUUCGUUAAAUGUUCUGAAACAGUUUUAAAGAUGAUGAAGGGUAACCUGCUUCGUUUGGACCAAGCAGAACAUAUCUCUUUAAGACUUGCGGACCGUGGCGACCCCUCCCUCGCUCUGCCGGGAGCGCGCAGGUCCUAUAAGUAGCGCGCUCAUGGAGAGGCUGCGGGAGUCCGUGUGCAGUGCGCGUGUGCGUCUCCGGCAGCAGCUUUUCUCCGCGGCUCGGACGGACAGGUGUACGGCAAGCAGCAGCUGACACUUUUCAUUUGAUGGAGCGGUGAGGAGCGCGGAUCACACCUGGACACACCUGUGCGUCACCGGAACCUGCGCGUCCUCACCGAGUCCCAGUCAGGGUCUGCAGAGUGGUCCAGAUGUUAAUCCACACAUAUUCAGCCAUGGAGCGCGCAGACGGACUCAGCGGCUCCUCUCCGAGCGGCCGCCUCUCCCAGCUCUCCUCCCUCAACCAGGCCGCCUACUCCUCGGCUCCCCCGCUCUGCCACACGCCGGCCUCCGACUUCCAGCCUCCGUACUUCCCUCCGCCCUACCCGCAGUCCUCCCUGCCGUAUUCCCAGAGCCAGGAGUCGGCCUACUCCCACCUGUCGGACCCCUACCCCUCCAUCAACUCCAUCCACCAGCACCAGCAGGCGGCAUGGCACUCCCAGAGGUCGCGCUCGGAGGACGGCGGCCUGCUGUCGCAGUCUCACCGGGCUCUGAGCCUGGACCCCCGCCGGGAGUACGCCGCCGUGCCGCGGCUCCUGCACGGACUCGGGGAGGGGGCCGCGGCUCUGGGGGACGGACCUCUGGGGAUGCACCUGGGACACCACGGCCUCGAAGAUCUGCAGGGGAUGGAGGAAGGAUCCGCCCUGGGCAUCCUGGACCACUCUGUCAUUAAAAAAGUUCCCAUCCCCUCCAAGCUGAACGGCUCCUCGCUGUCGGCGCUGGCCAUCGGGAAGGAGGGCCUGAGCCUGGGAGCCGUGUCCAACCCGGCCGAGGUGUUCUGCUCGGUGCCGGGCCGCCUGUCGCUGCUGAGCUCCACCUCCAAGUACAAGGUGACGGUGGGGGAGGUGCAGCGCCGCCUGUCUCCACCUGAGUGCCUCAACGCAUCGCUGCUGGGCGGAGUCCUGCGCAGGGCCAAGUCGAAGAAUGGUGGCCGCUGUCUGAGAGAGCGUCUGGAGAAGAUUGGCCUCAACCUGCCCGCUGGGCGACGCAAGGCCGCCAACGUCACUCUGCUGACAUCUCUGGUGGAGGGUGAGGCGGUGCACCUGGCCCGGGACUUUGGCUACGUGUGUGAGACGGAGUUUCCAGCCAGAGCCACGGCCGAGUACCUGUGCAGGCAGAGCGACCCCGACCAGCUGCCCACCCGCCGCAGCAUGCUGCUGGCCACCAAGGAGAUCUGUAAGGAGUUCAUGGACCUGAUGUCCCAGGACCGCUCCCCUCUGGGCGGCAGCCGGCCCACGCCCUGCCUGGAGCCCGGCAUCCAGGGCAGCCUGACCCACUUCAGCCUGCUGACCCACGGCUUCGGCACGCCGGCCCUCUGCGCCGCGCUCUCCGCCUUCCAGAGCUACCUGAUGGAGGCCGUCAAGCUGCUGGACAAAGAAGGAGGGAAGGGCCACCACGACAAGGAGCUGAAGCACCGCAAAUGAGGAGGAGGCUCCGCCCUCAGGACCGGACUCCUACCUCCCGGCAGGCUGGGGCUCCUCCCACUGAGGGGCGGGGCUGAUGACCACACCUGUGCUGGAAGCAACACCUGACGACGACGCAUGGACCUCUGACCUCCUCCCAGCCACGAGGUUUUGAUUUAUUCCUCUUUCUGUGGAUUCUCCAAGCCCCGAGUGUUUCAGGAGCCCUGCAGCCCCACGGGACCCACCCACGGCCACGCCCACACCCACGGCCACGCCCACUCCCACGGCCACGCCCACUCCCUGCAUCCCCUGCCCACUCCCACGUCUGCAGGGUCCGACCUGGCUCCGCCCUCCUCUGGAACUCUGGGAUUCUGGGUCAGCGAUGAGACUUUAUCUGUAGUCCUCUGCAGCAGGUGCUCAUGGGAAAUGGAGUCCUCUCGGCUACAGGAGACUUUUUUAUUUUCAGGUGUUGGUAACUUAAAUCAUUUUGUACUUUCAGUGUGUGUUUAUUAUUAUUAUUGUAUUACAGCAUAAAUGUAAUAUAUUAUUAAAGAAUUAAACAUGUUUGUUCAGGA